GCGCGGGUCUCGGCGGGCGCGGAGAGGGCCGGACUGCGUAGCCCGAGACGCUGCUGCUGUUGGUGUGACGACUCAUCUGAACUUCCGUUUCCCUGGCCUUUUUUGAAACCUUCAUCUACAACCUUUUUGUACAUCUGUGACAAUCUUUCCUUUCACUUUGGUGAUCUCUGUGUGUUUUCUUGAUAUAGUUGAUUGAAGGGAUUGAUACUCUUCUUCUUCUUCUUCUAAUUUACUUCACCUUACUACUCUCUUUGAGCUCUACCCGGGAAAAAAGUUAACCGCCAAAAUGGCCUCAACAACCACCCGCACCUUCGCCCGCGCGGCCCUCCGCUCAACCCCAGCUCGCACCGCCGCCUACGCCCUCCCCCGCCAGGCAUUCCGCCAGCAAUCCCGCCGCGGCUACUCGUCCGAGGGCAGCGCCGCGCCCAAGGCCUCCGGAGGCUCUGCGCUCUACUGGCUCGGUGGUCUCCUCGGAGCCGCUGGCGCCGGGUACUACGUUUACGGCCAGCAGAACGGCUUCUCUGCCGCGGCUAAGGGACCGUUCCAGCCUACCUUCGAGGAUUACCAGAAGGUUUACAAUGAGAUCGCCGAGAGGUUGGAGGAGAAGGAUGAUUAUGAUGAUGGGUCGUACGGACCAGUCCUUCUGAGAUUGGCGUGGCAUGCGUCGGGAACUUAUGAUGUUGAGACCAAGACGGGAGGAAGCAAUGGAGCUACGAUGAGAUUCCAGCCUGAGGGAGACCAUGGUGCGAACGCGGGGUUGAAGGCUGCGAGAGAUUUCUUGGAGCCCGUUAAGGAGAAGUUCCCCUGGAUCACCUACUCCGACCUCUGGAUCCUCGCCGGCGUAACCGCCAUCCAAGAAAUGCAAGGCCCCACCAUCCCCUACCGCCCUGGCCGCACCGACAAAGACGUCGCCGCCUGCACCCCCGACGGCCGCCUCCCCGACGCCACCCAGGGCCACAAGCACCUGCGCGACAUCUUCGGCCGCAUGGGUUUCAACGACCAAGAAAUCGUCGCCCUCUCCGGCGCCCACGCCCUGGGCCGCUGCCACACCGACCGCUCCGGCUUCUCGGGACCCUGGACUUUCAGCCCGACGGUCCUGACGAACGACUUCUACACGCUGCUCCUGGAGCAGACGUGGCAGUGGAAGAAGUGGAAGGGACCAGCGCAGUAUGAGGAUAAGGCGACGAAGACGCUGAUGAUGCUGCCGACGGAUUAUGUGUUGAUUAAGGAUAAGGGAUUCAGGCCGUGGGUGGAGAAGUAUGCUAAGGAUAAUGAUUUGUUCUUCAAGGACUUCUCGGCCGUUGUGACGAGGUUGUUUGAGUUGGGCGUGCCGUUCAAGGAGGAUACGCCUAAGUAUGAGUUCAAGCCUACGAACGCUUAAGGGUUGCUUCUGUGCGUUUGGGGAGGGUAGAUGAUGGGGGGGUUGUGAGGAGAUAGUGGUGGAAGGAGAGGGGUAGAGCUGGGGAGGGUGUUGUAAUGGCAGUUGUGUUGCGGUCGAGAUCACGUCGGGAAAGGAGACAGGCAAAGAAGAAAGAUGUCCCAUUUCCAACGUCUCGCCGCCAGCGACGUCCACUUCGGCACAGUACUGCACUCCACAGUCCAGUGCCGUACCGAAGCGGAAUCGCGGCCUUGAUAGAUUGUACUUUGUAUCGAUUGUGUUUGUUUUACUUACUACUAUUUAAGAUUAUCUCAGAGCUUGCCUUUGCCUCG